UACUGCUGACGGGGCUGGUAGGGCCAAAUAAAGAUCCUAGCGAGGACCAUAGGAGUGCAAGGGGUUCAGGAGAGCAGCGAGCAGCAAGAGGAAGCGAGUGGGGUGGGUUGUUUGCACAGCAAUCAGCUGCCAAAAUGGCCAUCAAAGUAAUGGACCUGAUCUACUGGCGGGAUGUGGGGAAGACAGGGCUGGUGGUCACAGGGCUGGUGAUAGGCCUGGCUAGCCUGUUCCAGCUCAGUUCCGUCACCAUGCUGUCCUACCUGUGUAUCUCCAUCAUGUGUCUCACUUUCCCCCUACGCCUCUACUACAAACUCCUAGAGCUGAUACGGAAGAUCCCUGAAGGAGUGCACCCCUUUCAGUCUUAUAUAGGAGACGACAGCUCUCUGACAGAUGAGGAGACUGUGUUGGUGGUGGAGGAGGUGGUGCUAAUGAUUGCCUUCGCCGUCACAGAGAUCAAACGCCUGCUCUUCAUCGACAACAUCAUGGACUCCAUCAAGUUUGUGGUGCUGCUGUACGUGUUGACCUAUAUGGGCAUCACGACCAAUGGUCUGACCCUGGUGAUAGUUGGUGUCAUCUGUGUUUUCUCUCUUCCUCUGUUCUACAAACAAAUGCAGGGGCGAAUGAAAAGGAUUAGCAAAGCGGUCAGAGGCCUCCUGAGGAAAAUCAAAAACUUGUUUAAGAUGUUGUACAGUAAACUGAGACCCUCUCCUGCGACUACACCUGCCACAACCCCCACUCCCACCCCGGCCCCAAAACACAAACACAAGUCAAAGUGAUGAGACAGAGAAAGGGGGAUCUAUGGGAAAAGAGGGGGGUCACUCAUACUUCUUAUCUUAUCAUGCCACCUGGGAUCAGGGGCUGGGCAACUCUGACGAGGG